AUGGCUGAGAAAGAUGACAAUUUGUCUCGCGUACCCACCCUUCGGCGGCUACUACAAUGGCUGCAUAUGACCUCCGCCAUUCGAUCAUCAUCAUCACUAUCAAGUCGUCGUACGUUGUCCGCUUUGGCAACAUGUACAUCGCUCUCUCAAGCUAUAAACAGUAUCGACAACAGUAAACCGGCAGUCAUCCUCGAUCUGGGAAGAAGAACAACCAAGUAAGC